AGUCUCUUCCCACACCGGAGGAGAGUUGAACCCAGAGUCACUCCGCAGCUCGUUCCCCAGGAUAUCACAGCAGAAACACUGCAAACAUGGUUGAGAAAUUUGUUGGGACGUGGAAGAUGAUUUCCAGCGAGAACUUUGAUGACUACAUGAAAGCGAUUGGUGUGGGCUUUGCGACCCGCCAGGUGGGGAAUCGGACCAAGCCCAAUUUGAUAGUGACCAUGGAAGACGACGGGUUUGUGUGCCUGAAGUCUCAGAGCACCUUCAAAACUACUGAAAUCAAGUUCAAGCUCAACGAGCCGUUCGACGAGACGACCGCAGACGAUCGGAAGACUACGACCGUGGUGACUCUGGAGAACGGCAAACUAGUGCAGAAACAGACCUGGGAUGGCAAAGAGACGAAUAUCGAGAGGGAGAUCACGGACGGCAAAUUAAUAGCGAAAUGCAUUAUGGGGGACGUGAUCGCAGUGAGGACGUACGUGAAGGAGGCGUGAUGGGGAUCCCCCCUCUUCGGCCCACUUGAUGGAUGCAUUGCCGGAUGACGGGGCUCAGUUCAAUGAGCGUUAAAACUUAAAGACAUGGCCUGCUCUUUUAUAUUAUCUUCACUGUUGCCAAAAAAAUCCAAUUCUCCAACAUGACAUAUUUGGAAUUGUUGUGGGAAUUUGAAUAAACACAUAAAAUUUGUCAAAA